AUGCUAGAUGAAGACAAAGCCAUCUGUUGGAGUAGGUGUGACAAGUUCAACGGCAUCUGUGAAAGGCUCCUGUUCAUACCUCAGUUAGGAGAUGAUGUCGAAGAUGAAGACCUGUGGGGUGAUGUGGUUUUUAGUUUACCCCAUUAUUCCUUACACAAUUACUUGCUACCGUCAAUUCUUGACAACGUACCAUUGACUUGGGGUGGGAUCAUAGAAGAACAAGAGGCACUAAAGCCCCAUAAGCAGAAUGAACCUGGUUACUGGGUCAAGCAGGCUGUAACAGUAGUAAAGAUGGUUACAGUGAGGAAGGUCGUGAGUAGUAAAGAUGGUUACAGUGAGGAAGGUCGGAAGCUGUGGGUGAUGCUGCUGGUGACGGUGGUGAUAUGGGGCGUGACCCUGUGGCUGCUGCAGAGGGCGUGGCAGUGGGUGACGGGAGGGCGUCCCGUGGCGCUCAACGCCACCAUCCUAUACGCCUGGGGGGCGCUCCUGCAGAACCUGCCCUCGCAACCCUCCGCCACCUUCUCUGGCAGGAUGUUGGUGGGUUGGUGGCUUGUGUUCUGCCUGAUAGUCACCACGGGGUUCACCUCGUCUCUGGUGGCGCACCUUACUGUACAAGGCAGGUCCCGGCCCCUGGAGACCUUCCAGGACCUGGUGAACCAGCCUGGCUGGACUUGGGGAACUCCUCAAUGGGUGUUGUCGGAAGCAGUUGUUGAUUACUUUAUAAAGCAUCCAAAUCCUGCAGUCAAUGAAGUUUAUCAUAAAAUGGAGAUCAUAAAGGAGGCGGACCCACUGAAAAUGGUACUGGCGGGGGGGCUAUCCUUGAUCUUCCCUAAGAACUUUGCCAUCAUCAACGUGGCUACACGAUACACGGAUGAACGAGGCAACACUCCCUUCUACAUCAGCAGGGGCAUUCCUAUGGUCUUGUCCAUGGGAUGGUGCAUCAGAAAAGGUGCACCUUUCCGCCAACGAUUCAAUCAACUGUUGACUCGUCUGGAUGCUGCCGGAGUAAUUACCUCUUGGACUGACGACGUAAUGGCCAAAAAAGUAAAGGAAAUGAGAAAGGCUCUAAAAUCGGACACUAACCCUAUUCUCGGAGAUGCAAUUCAGGAUGACGGGCAGCAGAUGGUGUUGAGCCUCAACCAUCUGCAGGGAGCCUUCUACAUGUUGCUGGUGGGCUCCUGCGUCGCCUUCCUCACCCUGCUGGUGGAGAACCUCGCCCACUGCUGCUCCUCGCCUCAGUAACACCUUCCUCACCCUGCUGGUG